CUGCACUACGGGACCAUCAUGGGCAGCAGAGCUUGUGUCAAAAUGGCAGCAGCUGCCUGGGGCAGUGGUUUUCUCAAUGCUGUCCUGCACACUGCUAACACAUUUUCAAUACCACUCUGCCAAGACAACACAGUGGACCAGUUCUUCUGUGAGAUUCCCCAGAUCCUCAAGCUCUCCUGCUCAGAUGCCUACCUCAGGGAAGUGGGGCUUCUUGUGGUUAGUGUUUUUUUAGUCUUUGUGUGUUUUGUUUUCAUUGUGGUGUCCUAUGUGCAGAUCUUCACAGUCGUGCUGAGGAUCCCCUCUGAGCAGGGCCGGCACAAAGCCUUUUCCAUGUGCCUCCCGCACCUGGCCGUGGUCUCCUUGUUUCUCAGCACUGUCAUGUUUGCCUACCUGAAGCCCCCCUCCAUCUCCUCCCCAUCUCUGGAUCUGGUGGUGUCUGUUCUGUACUCGGUGGUGCCUCCAGAGCAAAAAUCAUGUAAUAAUCUCUUAGAGACCAAGGACUGGAUUCAGGACUCCCCCAUCAGUGUCCAGUGGCAGUGGAGGGGAGGCCGGUGGAGUGGGACACCUCUGGAUGUGCAUACCUAA